CCGCACCCCUCCGGCUCGUUCGCCAGUUCCGGUCACGUUGCUGGGUGUUUACGCCUCGAGCCCGCCCCAUACCCCCCUUCGGCGCCCCCGAGCCCCCCGGAACCCCGGCCCGACUGCCCCGCAGCCUCCCAGCAGCUGAUGGCGCCGCAGCCGGGGCGGGCGCUGCAGAUCCCCCGGCGCAGCUAGCGUGGGGGGAAGAGCGCCGCCCCCACCCAGCCCGGCCUGGACCCAGGGCCCCGCCGGCCGGUGACUCUCAGGUCCCGAAGGUGGGGCCCAGGCCUGGGUUGCCAUGGAUACCGUGUCCCUGGAGCAUCAGAUCCAGAGCGUGCAACGCCACAUCAGCUUCCUGAAAAAGGAGCAGAUGGCCCUGCUGCGAGACCUACACCUGGAGAUCCUGAGGCUGCAGAAACGCUGCUCAGAACUGACCCAUGACCUGGAAAUGAGAGAGGCCCAAUCUCACCAGCAAGAGGCGGCGUCCCGGGAGCUGGAGAGCAAGUGCCGCGCGCUGGAGUCGCAGCUGGAGGCGCGGGCCGCGGCCAACGCGGAGCUGCGGCGGGAGGUGGCGCAGCGGGAGGCGCUGGUGUCCGCGCUGCGCUGCAGCCUGCGCACCGAGGAGCGCCGCUUCCUGGAGGAGCUGCGCCGCCGCAGCCACCGCGCCACCGUGCUGGGCACCGAGCUGCAGAAGCACACCGAGGCGGCCGCCUACCUCUCCUGCCAGCUGCACGCGGCGCGCCAGAGACUGCAGGCCCCGCGCCCGGGCCCCGGCGCCACCGCCGAGCCCCGGCCACGCCGCCGCGCACCGCGAGCCCGCCGCCCGCCUGCUGCCCACGAGGCCGCCGCCAAGGGCCCUGGCCGGGACUGGGCCGCCUGGGACCGCGGGGCCGGCGCCCUCGACGACGCCGACCCCAUGCCCGACCCCGCGCUCUUCCUCUAUGCACGGAGGCCGCUGCGGCCCAGCGCCCGCAGCCCGCGCCAGCCGCCUCCCCAGGAGCCCCCGGACCGAGCCGGCCCGCAGCCCGCGCCCAGCCAGCCCAGCGCGCCCGGGGACCCGGAGUAGGCGCCGGGCUGGCCGGGGUGACGCGGGACGGACGGGGAGGGCCGGCCAGGGACGCAGCUCGGGCCCCGCAGACAGGUCCCGGGUCGGAGGGCAGCCGCCCCUCCUCCAGGAAGCGGGGCGAGGCGGCCCCGGCUCCCCGCAAACCCCCCGAACCGCCAGCCUUUUGUACUUCCCGACGUUUCCAAAGCUUCGAGCCCUCUCCUCGCGCGAGAGUUCCUCCGCGGGGCCGAGCGGGGGCACCUUCUCUACCGAGAGGACUCGCCGUCCCGAUCCUGGCCUGGUCCCACCUGCCAGUGAGACAGGAGGGGCGGCGGCCACGCCCUGUCCCGGGAAAGCCGACAAUCCUUGGUGGGGAGGGGAGGGCUGGGCUGGCCUACGGAAAGGUACGCAGAGUGGCACUGGCGCCCCAGGCCCUCUAACUCCCCCGGCCCUUUAGCUCCUCCCGCCUCCUCCACCCCCGCGUCCACGCCCUUCCCGCCAAGCCUUCUUCCCCAGGAGAGGCCCAGGCUAGGGGCUGGUCCUUCUACCCCCACCCCGACCUUGCCGAUAGGUCCUUGCAGGUGAGCACGGAACACUUUAGAAGACACGUCCUCCCAGAGCCCCUGGUGGGAAAAGUGCGCCUGAUGGAAGCGUAACUUCUGGAAGGUAGCAUCCAUGGGCCCUGGGAGAGGAUUACAGAACCGCCUGGGUGGCCGGACUUGGUCUAGAGCCGUCUCCAGCUCAGCUCUUCCUGAGUCGCCACCCCCCUGGGUACGCAGGAACUGGGAGCUGUGCUGGGGAAGGGAGGUGACAGGCCUGCUGCCGGCCAGGCUUCUGGUAGGCAGGAGCUGUCCUCCCCCUCAGGAGGCAGCCCCAGGCGUUUUCCUAGUCCUGUUUAUUGGUGCUAAUUUUGCUAGGCUUCCUAAUCAUCUGGCUGCACCCAGAGACAAGAAGAGGGCCUUGGCUGGGCGCGGUGGCUCACGCCUGUAAUCCCAGCACUUUGGGAGGCCGAGGUGGGCGGAUCACCUGAGGUCAGGAGUUCGAGACCAGCCUGGCCAACGUGGUGAAACCCCGUCUCUACUAAAAAAUACAAAAAUUAGCCGGGCGUGGUGGUGCGCGCCUGUAAUCCCAGCUACUCGGGAGGCUGAGGCAGGAGAAUCGCUUGAACCUGGGAGGCAGAGGUUGCAGCGAGCCGAGAUCGCGCCACUGCACUCCACCCUGGGCAACAAGAGCAAAACUCCAUCUCAAAAACGAAAAAAAAGAAGGGCCUGGCUUCUUGGAAGUGGCAGCUACUGAUAGGAGUUUGGGUUUGGGUUUGGGUUUGCUGGGGGGAUGGUGGGAGCACAGGUUAGUCCUCAUCCUGGUCCCCUCCAUGGAUGCCCCUAAACCUCUCAGAACCUGGCAGUGGCGGGCUGCUCAUUUCCCUGCUGUCUAGCCUGGGGAAUGCCGACGUGGAAAGGGGAAAGCCCCACCUCCUAACGCCCCUUCUAAGCUCCCUGUCCACCACCAAAGGCAGGAAGGACAGUUUCAGCACAGCUUAUUGCCCCCACCCCCAGCCCAGCCUAGAAGGAAACACAAACCCCUCCAGCCCAUGCCAUCCCUCCUGUGUGGGUCCUGCAUCAAGCCCUAAGUGCCUGUGAGGUCUUCCAGGGACUUCGAGGGGAGGACGUGGGGCAGGGAGAGGCCUUUACCUCCCUCACAGACACUCCUUUCCUGACAGGUCCUGACCCUGGCUGAGGCCACACAUUCUGUGUGACGCAGGGGUCUGGGAGGUGAGCAGAGUCAAGCUCUAGGGGUGACGAGCUUUUCCCCAUCACAGCGCUAGGAAGUGGGGGGAGUCCCAGAUCACACCCCCUUUCUCUCCAUUUGUUAGAGGGAGCAGGAAAUUGGCAAGAAGUAGAGACCAGUGAGCGAGCGCACUCAGGGCCAAGCAGUGUGCGGCUCUCCCAGCUGACCCCACCCGAGACUGCCCAGACCACUGAGCAAUAACCACGCCUGGUCUGGGGUGUCCAGCUCCUGGAUUCAGAUGGCUGAGGUUGGGGCACCCUUGGGACAGUGCUCUCCAGUCUAACACGGGCCAAGAAGCUGGCCUGGGGUCCUUGCUCCACCUGCCCCCACCUCUACCCUCUACUAGUGGUUGCGCCUGUGUCAUCUCUGUUCCCCCUCAAGUGUGUAUAACUCACUGCACCCCUAUUCUGUCCCCCUCCCUUUCAGAACCUGUGUGUGAGGGCCUCACUCCUCUCUCAGAGGUGCCCAGAGGACCGUGGGAAGGAGGGCAAAGUGUCUUUCCAGAGGAGCCCGCACAGACCCUCAUCUCCCACGACCACACUUUUGGGGUGAACAGGGUGACUUUGUUAGGUGGAUUCUUCUGCAGAGAUGGUGAAGUACUUUAUCUGCCCACUCACUAAAAGCCAUAGCUCCGUCCGCCUGGCCUUCCCCCAGCUCUAUAGCAAUAGCCCCUUCCCCCUUCCCUCCUGGGCAUCCAGGGUGUCCAGCUGGGGGCCCCCACAGCACUCUGGCCCCAGGGAUCUUCCAGUGGCCUGCCUGCCUCUCCGAAGUGACCCCAUCAGCGCCACCCAACUCCCAUCCCUCUUCCAGCAACCACAGAUAAUGACAAUUGUUUGUGAGGUGCUUGGAGAUCCCCUAGCUGAAAGGUUGUGGGUGCUGGGGCAGCUGACUCGUUGACUCUCAGCUGAGGUGCUGGAGGUGCCUGGGAAGGGAGAUAAGCUGGAGGAGCGCCUGUGGCAGAUACAGGGUUCCAGUUUUCACAGAAAUUCCCCUCCUCGCCCUGCUGGAAGUCAUGGAGGCUUCCCUCCACCCGCCUGCACAGAACCCUCUGUGCAGCAGCAUGAGACUGGGAGCUGGAGUCAGGGGCCCCACACUCCUCAGCCUCAGGGCCCUGCAGAGGCCCCACCCUCCCUGGAUCUGGCUUGAGAGCCCACCUGGCCAAAGGGAAGCCUCCCACCCCCACGCGCUCCAGGCCCCUGGAAUGUCUUGGUGACUAAGAAGGGAAAGGAUUGUAUUUCUCUCUCCUCUGCUGCACGAAUCCCCAUUGGGAGAGAGAGAGUGUUGAAGAGGACACUCAGGGUCCCUAGGUGGAGCUCCUGCCACACCCUAAGUGUGGACAGCUCCAGGACAGAGAGCUGCAGGUGGGGGCCUCCCCCUGCUCUGGAAAUCAGCCAGGGAGCACUGGGCAAUGCGGUUUGAGGCUCUGUACCCCUGGUGCCCACAGCCCAGCCACAGCACCCUCUAGCUUGGGGGACUAGUCCAGGGCCAAAAUGGGAUAACCCUUCCCCAUAUAAGCAGUAGGAUGGCGUCCCCCCGGUGGAGAGCGGAAUGAGGCCUAGAGGGUGUGGGGCAGCUUCUCAGUGCGGGGAGCCGGGGGUCUCCAAGCACCUUCUCCCGGACAUGCCAGCCUUGAAUGGGGGACGUGCAGGGCUUCAAACCCACCUGGCAGGAGCCCUGUGGACAGGACAGGGCAGAGGGACCCUGCUCCAAAUUCUCUGUUGGCUGUGCUUUUGUACCCAGUGCUUUUCAGAGUGUAUUCACUCACCCACAGAAAUAGAGCCCUGUGCUUUAGGGGUGACUGUCAUAUGCCUUAUUCUUAAUAAAAUCUCUGAAAAACA